GGCAGGCAGCCCCCGCCCGGCAGCUGGUGCUCGGCCCCGGGGCAGUCCCUCACUCACCGGCGCGGCCCCACAUGGCGCUGCCUCGGCCCUGCUCGGCUCCCCUCAAUGUCACCGCCGGGCCCCGCCCCGGACCCGCGAUUGGAGGCGAACGCGCCGCGGAGCGCUCGGGGCCGCCGGCACCGCCUCUGGUGGGGCGGCCGGAGCUGUGCCCGCAGCUGCGAGCGGAGAAGGGGUCGCGGGGCCACCGCCGGUGGAGAUGCCCGGCCGGGGGGCCGCUGCGCCAGGGGCCGCGCUCCGGCGAGUCCCGCCCCGCUCCGCCCCACGCGUCAUCCCGGCUCCCCGCCGGAUUGGGCGCCGCCGCGCCCUCGGCCGAUCCAGGAUGGCGGCGCCCAGCGGAGCCGCGGGCUGCGAGGACUUCGCCGAGUUCCAGGAGCUGCUCAGGGUGAUGAGGACGAUCGAUGAUAGAAUUGUCCACGAAUUAAACACUACGAUUCCAACAGCUUCCUUUGUGGGGAAAGUUGAUCCUAGCCAGACGUGUAAAGAGCUGUAUGAGUCUUUGAUGAACGCUCACACCAAUAGAGAAAGAAUCAUCAAAAACUGCAUCGCUCAGACUUCCAGUGUAGUGAAAACUCUCAGAGAAGAGAGGGAAAAGGCCCAGGAUGAUGUAGCAUUAUUAAAGCAACUCAGGAAAGAGCAGACAAAGUUGAAAUUGAUGCAGUCGGAGCUCAAUGUUGAAGAAGUGGUAAACGACAGAAGCUGGAAGGUAUUUAAUGAGCGGUGCCGAAUUCACUACAAGCCUCCAAAGAGUCAAUGAUGUGGAAUAUUUUCCAUCAAGGUGGUCCAUAACUGUGAGAGCCAAACUGGAAAGAGACCUUGGGUGAGCUGUAUUGGGACCCUCCAGAACCAGUAGAACCCAGUCUUGUUUUGUUUUGGACCUACUUAGCUGACAUCUCAAGGCUGAAGUGAUUCUCCUGUAAUUGAGAGAAAACAAUUCAUCUUUUGUACCAAAUAUGUGAACAAAUGAGUUUUAUAGUAUUAAAAUAAUUUUCAAAUGGAAUGCAAAACUGGCAUCUUUCUUGAACUUCUACAGCUUCAGCAGUCCCAGAGGGGAAGAAACAGUAAAAGGCCUCUCUGAGCAGGGAAGACAAGGCUCUCCCUGACCUGGUGCCUGCUAAACUAUCAAGUGAGCGUGGUAUGUUUGUGCAACAAAUCUGCUAAAGACUGCAAGGAAAUAAAAAUUGCAGAAUAAUCAGCAUGUGUAGUAGGUUCAGCAUCCCUGAAAGUAAGAAACUGUCAGCAUUGUUCCAAACUGCUUAACAGGAACAGCAUUGGCUCAGAGCUGUGUGUGGAUACAGGUUUACCAUUGCUCCUACAAUGCUGACAGGCAGCAUCUGUUGCAUACUGUCCUUUAGUAUGUGUUACCAAGUUCUGAAUUUUUCCUUUGUGUAGGGAAUGAGGUGUUGAUUAAAACCACUUUGAGUUGGAGAUGAAGCUAUGACUCCUUUGGGAAUGAGACAGUUAACAGUCCAGUGAUUAUUUUUUGUCCCACCUUCUGAACCUUUAAAAUUAAUUCUACAAGUGCAUUGCUUUUGAGCUGAGAAAAGACCCGUGCAUAGCUGACCUUGUUGAUUCUGGCCAUAGUGUUGUGUUAGGAAGCUUUAAUGCAAUACCCCUGCAGUAAUAGACAGUUAAGUAUGAGGAAGACUGAAUUAAUAAUAAUUAUACCUUUAUUUUUUACUAACUCAAGCUGUCAGUCAAAUUACAAGGUCUGCAUGGUUGCCAGCUAGUUUUAUUUCUCAGUCAUAUAUCUUUAAUAUAUCUUUAAUAACCACUGGAUUUGAACAGAGCAUUAAAAAUACAGGCUCCAUCUUGCAAAGACUUUGGAAUUCAGCAAGAGGAAUGAAAUUACUGCAUACUCUCAAGAUACCUAAAAGCUGUGCAUAUAUGGGGGGUGGCAAGUACGUGCAGGACCUUUGACACUGAAAGCUGGCAAAGAUCUGUGCAGUAUCAUCUGUUUUAUAGUUGUUUGUCCAAUAGAGACUGCAGCUACUUGGUGACCUUUUAUUUUUAGGCAGCAAGGUCAUUUAGUCUCACUUUUUUUUUCUGAGAAUGAGGCAGAAAUAUAUUUUAAAUCUUUGAGGAUGUAAAUCCUAAUGUUCAAACUUCAUUUUUUUUCCUUUUUUUCUCAAGGUACUGCAACUGUUCUAUGCAGAACUUUAUUCGAGUUGGAGCACUCAUCUCAUUCUUGAAGAUUUCUCAUUGUUUUUCUGCAACUCUGAAAGCAGAAAACGUGUUUGUUCAUCAACCGUUAAAUUCUUAUAAUUGUUUUUCAUCAAAACGGAAAUCAAAUACUGCUCAGAACUAUGGGCUGAAUUAGCAGUAACCUAAAUUCAUGACAUGAUCAAUUAAUGAGAUGUUGAGACCAGUCAGCUUUUAUUUCCAAGUCGGUACUUUAAUAGUGACCUCUUCUGUAGGUGUCUAAAAUACUUGUUCUCUCCGUGGCUUGGGUCAAGGACAAAUUCUCCUUUUAAGCUAGUUGUAUGAUAGAGUCUUCUGCUAGCGUAAAGAGUUGGCAUCAAUACUCUUGAAAUUUAAUCUUGUGUUUCUGUAGAAACUAGAGACUGUAAUGAGAAUUAAUCAUUGUCCUCCUUUAUCCAUCCAGAUGUUUGCUCAGCUGUUGUGGGAAAACUUAUUCGCUUUAGCAGAUGCUGUGAAAAAUGACCUGUGAAAUGGAUGUGAUACAUACACAGAUUUUUUUUUUGUAAUUUGUUAUGAGAAAACUGUGUAAAACUAAAACACCAAAAAGCCAAUCCAACGUAACAUUAUUUUCAUUUUGAAUGUAAGGGCAAAGAAGUAGCCCUCUACAAAGCUGUCUCUGAAAUACUUCAGACACCAUAAGAAGACUCCUAAGUCCCAAACAUCCCUUCUUUGGGUGUCUGCAGCUUGUAUGCAGAGGGUUGAACUAAGAAGUUGUAUUGCUCCAUUUAGUUUGUUCUGAGUGCUGAGGGAUAUCUCUUACAGUAGUCCAUGGCAAAUCAUGUGGAUCAGAGGCUGUUUAUAUCUUGCUGUUGAACUUGGUGGAACAAGAAGGUGAGUAAGUGGAAUUGCAUGCUGUGCUUUGGGGCAUGGGGCAGGAGAACAUGGCUCUGCUAUUUUCUGAGUCUUUCAGAUGUGCCUGUGAAGGGGGAUGGUUUGUGAUGGUCUGAAAUGGCAUUGGUAUGAACUGUGGGCCACACUGAACACAGGCCGGUAAAAUCUCUAUCUAGUGACCCCAUCCAUUCUAGGAUCAGGCUUAGUCUGGAUUGAAUCUUGCUUCAGCGUUACCAUGGAGGUAGUUACAAAACUACUGGGCUGCUUGGUGUCACAUGGGAAUCAAAUAAUGGACCCUACAAAUAGCACGAUGAAAUCCUUUUCCUGGUUUUAACUUUUAUUUCUGCAAGUAAAGGCACUUGAGCACAACUGUUGGCCCUGUCCAGAGUCCAAGACAUCCUUACUCCUGUACUAGGGCUUUCCCAUUUCUUGGAAGUGGUGAAUAGAGGUGGACAGAUCCCACUUGCUUGGAAAGUCCUCUCAAGUUUGUGCAUCUUAUUUUCUUCUGCAAAAUAGAAGGAGGUGUGUUUUUGCUGGCACUCAGUGCUGUUGUGUUCUGCAGCCUGUAGGCAUGAAAGAGUGAUGAAACAGGAAAUUUCUUUACAGAACGUAUUUAAGGGUAGGCUUUGGUUGUCUAGAAGCCUAGUGAGGGGAAGAGGCUCUUUACUGGCACUAUAGGCUCACCAUAGGCUGGAAUACGAUGACUUUGUUCUGCUGAAGGUCAGGCAUCUGUUAGUUCUUGUUGAUUUCAGGGUCUGUAGCAGGAGGGGAAACCUUUUUUGCAGACCAGCAUGUUGAAAAUCAAGGCUGAUGUUACUGUGGAGAUAAAAAAAGAUCUUCAACUGGUACAUGGAUGGCUGCUUUCCUCUUGAAGCUCUUAAAAGCGUUCAGAUCAUGUAUCAUAUAAUCCAGUCACAAUUAGGUGUCUGACUUCAUUUCUGGUUUAAAGAUGACUUGUAAAUACAUAACUCUGCGGUUUGGAUUUUGGUCGGUUUUUUUUUAUAUUUUUGUUUGCUUUGUUUUGUUACUGUACCAGUGUUUUUAUUUACUGUAGCUUGUAGUUUUUCAACUUGCAUAUACCGGACCAGGGCAUAGUGGCCUGCAAGCUGUAAACUUUGUUUCUUCCUUAUUGGGGUAGUGCAUGGUGCAAGAUGUUCCUCAGCUUCACGACUCUAAAGAAUGCCAGAGAUGUUCUGCCAGAAGAGAUUCUCCAAUAUAACAGCAGUAAAUUGAAGGCAAACUCUCAUCUGUGCAAAUGCAGAGUGCAGGCUGGAAUGGUACGUAAGAUCAGAGGUCACAAAUCCUAAAAGAGGGGACAGGCGUUAGCUUGUUGAUGUUGUGCAGGGGAUGGAAUGGGAGCCACCGUUCUUUUCAUGCUUUUGUUCCAAAUCCUGUUUUGUUACAUCUGAAGAUGACUAGAGAGGAGUGUAGGCAAAGGUUGCCUAGGAUGAGGUUAAUCCAUUGCCACUGACCAUCUUUGAUGACAGGUCUGUGAAACGUCAGCACUUCAAAGUGACUUCCUGAAGUAUGUGUGCAGGAUGAGUACUGCAUCCCAGUCUUAAAACUAUCACUGGAUUUUGGGACAGCCAUUAGCAGUUUUAGCAGCUCUCAUUCUCAUUAUUCCUGAGACCUGGAAGCAUUUUUCUCUUGGUUCAGAAAGAUGUUGUCUCAAGACAACUGUUUCUCCUCAGAUGCUUUUCAUGCCCUCCCAUAGCACUGCUGCUCAAGUUUGGGAAAUUCUGCAACACCUUUAUCAGUAACAGCUCUAACACUGAUCUAUAUACUGUUGAGUUUAGGGCCCCUAGAGCCCCAGAUUCCGAAUCUCAGGUCCUUUGUAUCAAGAACAGGCCUAGAAGUCAGGUGUGAAGUCCUUGUUUAGAGCCUGUUGCAUCACUUGUCACCUGUGAGGAGGAGGGUCAGUAGCCUGGGUAGCACACUGGUAAGUCUGUGCUACACAGACCCCACUGUUGUGGCCAUAAACACGCUUGUUUUGGGCAAACUGCCUUGUGCUGAUUGCAGCAGAAGUGCCCUUUGCCUGUGUGCAGCCCGUAGUCUCAUUUCACCUAUUCCCAUGUACCCACCCCUGGAGACUACAAAUUGUCUGGUCUCUUGGUGCUUCUCUGGUCCUUGCUCUGGAACAAUAUUCCUCCUGUUUUCUGGAGAGAGGGAAAGAGGCAGGAAUACCAAGGGGGAGUAAUUUUUUUUGAGGUCUGGAAGUGUUAGUUCUCCCUUUACCUGGGAGGGCUGGUAACACUUCUUAGUUGUCCCUCAGUAGGUUUUGAGCUUUUUCCAUUCAGAUAUGGUCAUGAAUGUGACUGUGCCAUGUGUCCGUAACUGGGAAUUAAUCCUUCUGACUCUAUAUUCUGCAUGUUGCCUGUUUCAGCAGUGUACCUUGGCAUUAGGAGAGCAAUUGUGCACACACUGCUCCUCUAGCAAGAGGGAUCGUACUUUGUCUUCAAAGAACUUGGCACUCGGGUUUGAGUUGAAAUGCAAAUGUUACUGUAUAUUCAGUUGUUAUUAUGUAUUGCCUGAAUGCAGCUCUAGAGCUUCUGAUGAGAAAGAUGCAGAAAUACCAUUCUUGCAGUACUCACCAGAAGCUGGAAUUUAAUUUUUUCUAUUUCUGGUGCUGGUGUUUACCUUGGCACCUUUCUGGUUAGGCCGAGGGAAGUCAAGUCACUGAAGACAAGAUGCAAUCUGCUCCCCUUUUGCAUUGGGAAGGAUACUGAGGUAAUAAAAUUCCAAGUUGAACGGGACCUGCAGUAGGGAAACUACUGCAUGCUUUCUUCUGAUCUUGAAAGGUAUUGGGACUUAUGGGAUGUGACUUUGAUCCAUUUCCUAAGUACACAGAGCAGUUAUCUGCACAUGGAUGGAGAGGCAAGAGAUUCCAUUUGCAGCCCAAAACAAUUGUCUUGAGAUGUAGGUGGCUGGAGUCCAGUGUUUGCUUUUCUUAUUAACCUGAAGACUGAACUCUCUUAAGAUUCUUAAAGUGCUUUUUACAUUUAUUAGUAGUAUUAUCAGCAUUUUACAUUGCUUCCCCUCCCCCCAUUUUCCCAGUUAGUUGGCUUCUCCAGUUCAGUAAUGGUAGGCUCCAUGUGUUGUAGGUCCCAUGAUUCCAUGACAGUGUGGGAUGAUGACCCAGGAGCCAGGCAAUGGUGAAGGCUGCCUAUUUAUGGCCUACAGUGGGUACCCUCUACGUUAUCUUUGUGGAUGGAGAUGGGCAUGGUUGACAUCAAGAAAGGAUGUGUUGGCCAAAGGAGGAGGUGCUGUGUGAUUCAAAGAAACCUUUGAACAAUCUGAAAAGCAAUUUAUUACGGCCGGAGAAUGCGAAAGGGGCAGAUGUUUUCCCCAGUGCACUCCACUGAGCAAAGGAAUACCAUAACUUUUUAUACAGUUUGAAAGUAGCAAGUUUAAAAUGAUCUAUACACACACUCUUCUUGCAGUCUGCCUUAUCUAAAUAGACACUUAGUUUUACCUCCUAUUCUUACCAUUAUAGAGUAGUUACCUAAAGUUUUAUCAUUUCAAACAGUUUCAGGUUCCCCACCCCUCUCUACGUGCUAAAAAGCAUUCCCUGAUCCCUAAGCUGUUUUUAUCUUAAUUGCCCACAGUUUGGGCAGAAACUUUUAAGCAGUUUUACAUUUUGCAAAGUCACACUUACAUAGCUAAAUUAACAUAGCUAAAUUUUAUUUCACUUUCAUUUCUAUUUCAGUGGAGCCAGGAUGAUCAUCUUUUGGCUCUGACAAACAGAACAGACCAGAACAAAAUCGUAAGACUGGAACCUUGAAGCAUACCAGGCCCAAAAAUUAAGAUUCAUUGAACAGGAAACGCAACCCCCCUGCAUAUGUUAAUAAGGUUAAUGAAGUACUUGCUACCACACAUGACUAUGUUACUCAGCUCUCCACUUCUAUCACGCCAUACGUAACAAGAGGAGGAGGAGACAAUUGGGCUGUAUAUAAGGAGGGUAGAAACUUCAUCGAAGUACGGGGAAGACCCAAAAAGACCUCAGGGACAGUCAACGGACGACUCUCCUCUCUCUCAUCCCAAGCAGGAACGUCUUUGUGAACCACCUGUCAUGUCAGCUAUCGUUGGGGGCUUAUCUCCCCCCAAGCCUGCUACUGAAGACAUCCAGGAUAUCGCCAACGCGGUGAAACUACAGCUUGAACUCAGGGUACAAAGGAGAUAUGACAUCUUUAGAGCCAUACUCUACAGGACUCAAGUAGUUGCUGGGAUGAUGUACUUGAUUAAGGUCCAAGUUGCUGAUACUGAAUAUGUCCACUUAAAGGUAAUUUCGGGCCUUCCUCCGGAGAAGAUAUUUCCUGCCCUUGUCAGUUUUCAGACUGGCAAGACCGGAGAUGAUCCUCUGGACCUCUUCUGAGACACGAUGAGGGCAGUGCCUCACUUCUACAAGUCACGUGGGGGUUCUGACCAUGACAGUAAAUGCAUGAAAAUAAAAUAAGGCUUGAAAGCUA